AUGGUGGAGUUGUCUGACAUAGAGAUACGAAGUGUCUGUUUAGACACGUCCGUGCGGAGUCGAGAGAAGGUUGAUCAAGAGAUUGCCGACGUUGAGGCGAUAACGAACAAGCAUUUGAGUGAGCCGUACUCAAUAUACGUUUAUCGAUUCUUCAUCAAUAACUGGCCCGAUCUUUGCUUGCAAGCUUUUCAUGACGGAAAGCUUGUCGGAAAUAUAAUAAGCAAAGUUGAGCCUCACCGAAACGCACGUGUGAGAGGGUAUAUUGGAAUGCUAUCUGUGGAGAAUGAAUACAGGGGCCUCGGCAUAGCCAAAAAACUUAUAUCGGAAAGCAUCAUGCUCAUGAUCAGCAAGUACAAAUGCGACGAGAUCACCUUGGAAACGGAGGUGAUCAACAAGAAAGCCCUCAAGUUGUAUGAAAAUUUCGGCUUCAUCAGGAUCAAGCGAUUGUUCAGGUACUACAUGAACCGACACGAUGCGUACCGACUUGUUCUUCCUGUUACGGAGAAAUCUACGGUGUGCUCCUCGCAACUUCCGGAGCUUGAGAACGCGGUCGAAGCAUUGUAUUGA